ACCAGUGGGCGGGGGAUGCACCAGUCUGCGCCAAUCGAGAUGGGAAAAGGAGGUGGGCGCAGUUUCUCUGAGACCUCGCUCUCCACUGCAGAGUCUCUGCUCUUUGUGUUUUUUUUUGUGAAUGAAGUAAUAACUGCAGCGUGAGCCUGUUUCGGCCGAUGGGCAGGAAAACAAUCUGACUUCACGCAUAGAUCUGCAGCCCUUGUUGCCACCUCUCCAAUUGCCACCCCCUCCCCGCAACUCCAUCUUCUCUCUCCCACAUUCAGGAGUCAGGCGCAGGGCGCUGUAAUUUCUGCGGAAAGAUGAUUUCUUCAGGGAUUUCGGCUUGUGGCGCGAUUCUCUUGUCUUCGUUCAUAGCGUGAAGUCAUUCCCUUUGCGACAAUGUCGAAUUAUUUAUUCUUAAUUGAUACACUAUUCAAAUGGAUACGAUGACGAAGGUGCCUGCGAUUCACUGAAAAAAAAAGGCGAACCGAGAGGAACCUACUUCCUUAUUGAAGAAAGAUUUUCCAUUCUGCACGCCCAUGGGUUGAUGGAUACAAAUAUGGACUACGAAAGACCAAACGUAGAAACCAUCAAGUGUGUGGUCGUGGGCGACAACGCAGUAGGAAAGACCAGGCUAAUCUGUGCAAGAGCAUGUAAUGCCACCCUGACACAAUACCAACUAUUGGCCACUCAUGUACCAACAGUCUGGGCCAUUGACCAGUACCGUGUGUGCCAAGAGGUUCUGGAACGUUCACGUGAUGUGGUUGAUGAUGUCAGUGUUUCACUGCGGCUCUGGGAUACAUUUGGUGAUCAUCACAAGGAUAGGCGCUUUGCCUAUGGCAGAUCUGAUGUGGUUGUGCUUUGUUUCUCCAUUGCAAACCCCAACUCACUGCAUCACGUAAAGACCAUGUGGUACCAGGAGAUUAAACACUUCUGUCCACGUGCCCCUGUCAUUUUGGUAGGCUGCCAGUUGGACUUGCGGUACACGGACCUGGAAGCUGUUAAUCGUGCACGGAGGCCUCUUGCAAGGCCAAUACGACACAAUGAGAUUUUGCCUCCAGAAAAAGGUCGUGAGGUCGCCAAAGAAUUGGGAAUCCCCUAUUAUGAAACCAGCGUGGUGGCCCAAUUUGGCAUUAAAGAUGUCUUCGAUAAUGCCAUCAGAGCUGCCUUAAUUUCCAGGCGGCACCUCCAGUUCUGGAAGUCACAUCUGAGGAAUGUUCAAAAGCCUUUACUCCAGGCCCCAUUUCUGCCUCCCAAGCCACCUCCCCCCAUCAUCACUGUCCCAGAUCCCCCCAAGACCAAUGAAGAGCAUCCCGCCCACUUAUUGGCCAAUCCUCUUUGUGCAGAUGUCAUCCUGGUGCUUCAAGACAAGGUUAAAAUCUACGCCCACAAGAUUUAUCUGUCUACCUCCUCCUCUAAAUUUUAUGACUUGUUUCUAAUGGACCUCAAUGAAGAGCCAGAGUCUGGCAGUGAAAGAGCAGUGAGCCACAAUGACAGGCAGGGCAGGGAACACUUAAUGAGAGCUGCUAGUUUUGAUGUCAGUGAAAGUACAGAUGAAGUUCCAACCACCCAACCAUUAUCCAAUCUUCGAGCCUCUACCAGUGAUGGUAUCUUGAAACUGAAUGCCUGUGAUCACAGUGCAAGAGCAAAAGCAUGGCUCAAAAGAAGAAAGAUAUUAUCGACGUGGAGCAAAGCUUUUAUCAGCAUCCAGGAAGAGAUGGCUGAAGAUCCCAUCACGCUGAACAAUCGGCUGAUGACUGUUGUCAGGAUGGACUACUCUGUUCACCCUGAUGCGUUCAGUGCUGUCAUGCAUUACUUGUACACUGGCCAGCUGGAUGAGAAUGAGAAGGAGCUGAUGCAGAUAGCCCACAUUGCAGAGCUGCUGGAGGUUUUUGACCUGCGUAUGAUGGUCGCCAAUAUUUUAAACAAUGAGGCCUUCAUGAACCAAGAGAUUACCAAAGCAUUCCACGUGAGGAGGGCAAACCGUGUCAAAGAAUGCCUUGCCAAGGGGACCUUCUCAGAUGUGGUUUUUAAGCUGGAUGAUGGGACAAUCUGUGCACACAAGCCCCUGCUGAUUUCUAGCUGCGAUUGGAUGGCUGCAAUGUUCGGAGGUCCGUUCAUGGAAAGCUCAACUAAGGAGGUGUACUUUCCAAACACGUACAAGAGUUGCAUGCAAGCUGUGUUAGAAUACCUGUACACAGGACAGUUCUGUUCUAGCCCGGACCUGGAUUCCAUGGAACUCAUUGUGCUGGCAAACCGCCUCUGCCUACCUCACCUGGUAGCACUAACAGAGCAGUACACAGUAAUGGGCCUGAUUGAAGCAACCCACCAAGGUGUAGACAUCGAUGGAGAUGUUCUUCUGUACCUGGAAAUGGCUCAGUUCCACUGUGCCCAUCAACUAGCUGAAUGGUGCCUGCAUCACAUCUGUACAAACUACAACAACGUAUGUCGCAAGUUUCCCAGGGAAAUGAAGGCAAAGUCUCCUGAAAACCAGGACUACUUUGAAAAGCACCGCUGGCCUCCUGUCUGGUUCCUAAAAGAGGAUGAUCACUACCAGCGAGCCAGGAAAGAACGUGACAAAGAGGAUUACUUGUGCCAGAAACGUCAACUGAAGCGCAAGUGGUUUUUCUGGAAUUCAAGUUCACCUUCCACAGCCUCGUCCUCUUCCACUGUUGUCUGAAACCAUGGCUUGGAUUAAUUGACCCUUUCUAUUUUAGAAAAAAAACUGUCGGUUCACCCAGUUUGAAGGCCUUAGUUUCCAAUUGGCCAAGCCUUCAGUGGAUUUUAAUAACGACGGGGCCAAAAUGGUGAAAGACAGCUAAACCAUGGCAGCCAAAGUGAGUUUUUAUUUUCUGAUGGCUGGUGCCAACUUUCUUCCUCUCUCUCUCUCCUCCUUUCUCUCUCUCUCCCUCUCUCAUUCAUAUAUACACAAACACACUAACACACACGUAAACACAUGUAUACAUACCAACACACAAACGAGGCAUUAAUAAAACUGAACUGUUGGCUCAACCCCAUAACUAUUGCCAGACUUGUAAGGGUUUGGUGAAACUGAAUCCUCUGCCACAUUGAUCAGAUCAGAUAAACUACAGUAAAGCAGUGGGAGAAUUUUGAUUGUGAUUUUAUAAUUGGCAACUUCUGUUAAACCUGGUUGCUGACAGGGAGCCAUCUCGUACAGUAGUACAUUUCAGGGAAGCAUGAUAUUUCCUUUGCAUGGAUCCUACUGUGGCUGAGCCAGCUCUGGUAAAACUGGUAUAUCCUAGGGUUCUUUAUUUGGGUACGAAUGGAAUGGUUCUUAUCACCUAUAUAUACUGCUCAUAGCUUCUGUUUAAAGAUUGAGAAAUCAGGGUUAAUUUCAUGGAAUUUUUAUCACAGAAUACUUAUCUUCCUCCUGAAUGUCGGAAUGUCACCUAAGAAUUUUUUUUUUUGUUGACUUAAAAAGUAAUCCCUGCAUUUGGAAUUUAUCCUUUACACGCUGGAUCUAUGAACAAAAUGUACAUGUUUUGUAUUUGAAAAGCUGAAGUAAAGUGAACUGGAAGUUUCAGUGAAUAAAUCUCAGUCAGGAGCAAGGUGAUUCCUUCUCCACGUGACAUGUAAGAUUCAGUAUUGUAAAAUGAUACCUGCGCAAACCGAACUCUGACACACUAUGAGGAGACAAUGUGAGGUGAGAGAUGAGUGAGUUGAAUUAUUUUCUUCACAGCUCCGAGGAGGUUUACACAGCAAUUUUUUCAGAUUUAUUUUUUUUCCCCCAAUUGUGAUACAUCAUUUAAAAAUGCAGCCGUUUUCCUAAUGUUGCAUUUUGACUGAACUCUUAAAUCUUUAGUCCAGGACAGCCCUGGGGAGAGACUGAAUCUAAGGUCAGACAAGAUAUUGCAGGUAUAUUUCAUGCAGCUUUUACAUAUUGAAAUUUUCUUCAUGACAUGCAUCGAGAAUGUUCUCCAGGUCUGGGCCAUUGGAAAUUGGAAUGGAAUCAAGGAAAAGUCAGUUUCCUUUUCACCCAUUUCCAUUUCCAUUUCCUUCGGCUUGUGCUGGAAAAAUAGUGAUCGAACUGUGAUUCUCAGGUUGGACAGUUUUCAACUUGAAACUUAGUUACAGCAGAUAUACAGACAGCCCAGCCCCGAUGCUGUUUGACUGUACCCUACGCACAUCCUGAGACUGUACUUGUACAUACUUUGGGUGAUACAUUGGUGCUGGAAGCACAUGGGGAACGCCAGACUGUUCCAAAGCUCUCGUGCAACAAUGGAUGGAUUGAUCCAAAACAAGACAAGUGUAAAUUAGCACAGUUUGAGUCAUGAAGAAAGAACAAGACACCCCUCCUUGUGGCGGUUCUUUAAUAAGCAGGCACUGAUGGACAUCACUUGUCUGUCGUGAAAGCAAAGUCCAAGUGCCUCCGCCAUCUUAUAAAACCAUUAUGUGAAACCAGAACACACAACAAAUCUGUUGGUGGUUUGUAGUAAUUCUACCAAUUGCUGAGCUUUGUGUACUUUGGCAUUUAGAAAGCACCUAUUGGAUGAGUUUUUGAGUUGUGAAUCCUUUUUAGAUUGAACAUUGAGUCCCUUUAUCUACUUAUUUAUUGUAUGGAUCUAAAGUAGUCUUUUUAUUGGAAUCAAACAUUCACCUUCGUUUGUUACCUUGUGAAUCAACAUGAACAAUUCGUUUUUAAGGAAAUCAGAGAUUUUUCUUGGGUAGUUGUUUUGCAGAAAGUGAUCAAGUUGAAGAAUAAACUGGAUGUGAAAAUAUUUUUAAAUGUUGUCAGUUGGUAAGUUUUUGUCUCUUGAGUGUAGGGAUCCUUGUGUAAAUACACGAAAAUGUCUUUGUAAAUGUGGUCUGAAACUACUCUCUACCUUUGAGAUACAAGCUUGUAAAAACGUGCAACAUGUCAAUCUCUGCUUUCCAAGUUGCUGGGAUUCUCUGCUGUUUGAGGUGCAGGGCAUUUGUAGUUGAUGCUUUUGUCAGAAUUGGGAGCUCCUUCCCCACACACACACACAUGCAGUACCCUGGGAAGCAAUGUGCAAGUUACACCUCUAAACUGUCUCUGUGUUGUAGAGGUGCUCCUCAUCUGCAAUCCAAACUCAGAAGUUGCAGUUAGAUUCCAGAAAUGCCUCACUGAUCAGGUCGUUUGCCUUACAGACAGCUCCCCUGGCUGGUACUGUUCUUGGGGUGGAGCGUAUCUGAGCCUGAGAAAGUAUGAGAAGCAAUAAAGAAACAAACCUCUGCGACAAAGAAUGGUAAGAAAAGUGGUCUGGCUUUGCAUGUGGACCCUUUAGUUAGAAGCAGGAAUUGAUUAAUCACCAGAAGACAAUGAUCUAAGGGAUUGCUUAACAAUCAGACAGACUGAAAGAGACAAAAGAACAAUUGUGCUGAACUGGGGAAAGCAGUGAAGGAAACAGGAACUGGUUAUCACGUAAAACUGCAGCUUUCAGCUGCCCAGCAUUUGUCAGCUUGUUCAAUCUGAAGAAGUCCUUCAGCAUUGUCAGUGGUUCAAGGCUGUUAGGCUGUUGUGCGUGCUCUCCAGAGAAUGGGUUUGUUUUUUUAGCAGCUCGUCAGGAUCCUCCCUGAACCUUUUUCAUGUCUGGCUUAGCCGCAUUUAUUCAAGGCAUAAAUCUUAACUUGCAUCCUUGUUUUAACAAUGCAAGUGCAGAACACUUUGCUCAGGGUAGUUGCUGUGAAGUUAAAACUAUGGCAGUCUCGGGGCUGUGACAGUGCGCAAGCUUUUCUGAAAUCUUUUCCAGAUUUGAAUACUUCAAACAGAUUUCAAAACCUGCACUGCAGUUCUUUAAUAUAUCCCACAAGUUUUAACACCUCAGCCUAAUACGCUGAUCCGUAUGACCGCAUUGUGAUGGGUUGAGUGGGGGAGCAAUUCUGAGUAAUUCUGUCGACAAAGCUACACCAACAUAACUGGAGAAACACCAGCAGCAUCUGCAGAGGGAAGGGGAAAAAAAUCAGAGGAAACAUUUCCAGUCCUGGAACACACUGCUUCAGAACUUGAAGCUGUUGCGUUUCUCCAGCGAUUGUCUGUGCAAGCGUGCGCAGUAUUUUGCUUUUCCAUGGGGUUUCGCUGCUGUUUACUUGUAUACCAGUCUGCACAUCGGAAGUGAGGGGAUGGGGUUUUCCACAAGAUCCCUGUGGAGUGAGGUGCAAAUUCCCACUCACUGCUGUCAUAACUGGAAAAGGUGUUUUAUCUGGGACACAAUCCGCUGUCAAUAUUCCUCACCACAGCAGAGAAGGGAUAUUUUCGGAACGAAGCACAUGGAGAAGCCUCUCCAAUGAUUUGCUUUGCCUUUAGGUUUGUUUCUGGUGGAGUUGCAUCUGAGCUGCUUCCACUUCGCCUCCAGCACCCUCCCCAGGCCCAUAUCCUUGGCUCACAGGAGCCAAGUCCAUCUCUAUAUGCUGCUGAGAAAGGGGCAGGACCCCUAUCCCUCCUGAAUCAGGGCACACAGAGCUGGGCUCUCUGCUCUUGUACACUGUCACUCCAGCUGGGCUUUCCACAAGGUACACCAUUUCCCCCUCCACUGUCUUCUUCAAGGGCUCUAUUGGUCUGGGGGAAAUCUGCACAGACACAUGAUCUGUUUUUCUGUGCGGUCUUUUCCUUGGAGAUAGCAGAAGGCUUGGAGGAACCAGCAACACCAACUCCUCAACACCCAAGGCUUGGGACAGCAGAGGCCAGGCACAGAGUGUACACUAAGUGAUGGGUGAGGCUCCCAGCAAGGUGCACUUAGAAUGACACGGACAGGGUGGACAGUAGACAGACAGGACUUUAUUGCAGCCUCCGAGCAACAUGAAAAAGGACCAGCAGAUAACAGGAGAAAGCAAAGAGGGUGACUUUUAUCUGGAAAGUACUGCCUGAAUGGACAGCUUGUGGAGGCAUAUUUAAUCAUAACUCUUCAAGUAGCAGUUGCUGUUGAGAGCAUAAAACAUGCCAGAUAGUGGGGGGUGGACACGCUAGUGAAAUUCAGGGCAUUAUUCAUUCAAAGGGCAAACACAGGCCCAACGGGGCAGAAUGGCCCUAUAUUGUGCAGUUCAAUUGUUAUCUUUGUAACAUUUCUUUUCUGACUGAGAGAGGAUAUUAUCCGGGUCGGGGCUUCUGGGCCUGAGGAAGCACUGUACUUGGAAGAAACGUUUAAAAUAAAACAGCUGAAUCUUAUUGACCUGCUCCAUGCCAGAAUGUCAGGGGGUGUAUUUGUGUGUGUGCGUGUGUGUGUUACUUAAGUCAACUGGCUCAUAAAGGCGCUUAAGAACCUAUGGAUUAUAUUUCUUAAAGUGACUGGGAGCUGCUGUUUCCUGAUAGGAAAUCGGGUGGGGGUGAACAGAAAGCUAAGUGGUAAACCAGCCAGCCAGUUCAUUUUAUGUUCCUCGACCCUGCACCUCAUCACUAAAUAACAGGCCAGAGGGCUGACUGAGAAAUCCAGUUCUUCUGUUUUUUUGUGCAAGUCAGAAUGCCAUGCUCUGCACGAAUUGCAACCAGUAUUCCUGCAGUGGUGGACUCCUGCAGCUGCUGUCACCUAGCAUUUGCUUGCUGCAGGGAGAGAAACAGAAGACUGGAUGCCUUGAAGGGGUUGUGUCCAAUCACAGAACCUUCUGAAUGUCUCACUGUGGCACGACUGAACAGAGCAUUGAGGCACUGUUGAAAGAUCAGCCACGCAGACAUGAAUUCUAUGAGUUUAGCGAGUUGACCUUGCAUGAACGUUUUGGAUCAACUCAUUGAACAGACCAGGCAAGCAUAUUGGUCUGGCAGCCAUGAAAAUAUCUGGCCCUGGUGUGCCGCUUUGAGAAAGGCCUCAGUGUUUCACAGUAUGACAUGAUUCACAUUCGCCCCCAAACAGGAAUGCAAGGCUAUUCUUGCCUGCACUUGCAACAGUGAUGAGGGAAACUAAACUGAAGCAGAAAUAGACCAUUCAACCUGAAGAAGAAAGGUCACUGGACUCCAGGCUUUCACUUUUUGUCAUUUCUUCACCACUUGCCUGCAGAGCACUCCACCAGAGCACUUGGUACUGGUGCUUGGUCUACACAUAAGCCUCCUCCAAACUCUUUGUAUUUCAGCACAUCCCCUGGUCAACAUUUCCUUUGAGGUUAUUAAGUAAUUAGCUGUAGUCAGUAAAAUACCAAGGGCAUCUCCCUCUGUUGGAGAGGGACACAUUGGUUAUAGGGUGGAGGGCAACCACUCCACAAGGCAAGGAGACAAGUCUGCAUGCAUCCACACAGCCAUUAGGUACAUGGAUUGAACCCAUGCUGUUGACAUCAUUCUACAACACACCCAAUUUAACUGAGCUCACUAAUCCCCACAGACUAAUAUUUUAAUAUUCUCUUGCCAGUCUGAAGGAUGUGCUUGGUCAGUCAGUGCGAAUGUUUGUGUUAGAAACAGAAACAAAUUAGCUCAACAAGCAGAAGGAGGCCCUAUGACCCCCUCUGUCAUUCUGUAAAAUAGUGAUUGAUCUGAUCUAAGCCUCAAAUCCAUUUUUGGUGUGUUACAUCACAGCAUAGUGUGAUACUGAAGCAGGUCAACUUCAAUUUCAAUUCCCUGUGCUAGUUGACAAUUUAGAGUUGGUCCUGCAGUUGUUGGGGGUCAUAAUUAGCCUCCGGUGAUUCGACCCAUCACACAAAGUGGAUACUUAGUGCAUUUCGUGAGAGAGGGGUGAUGUGAUGAGGAAAGACUUGGGUACAGCAGUGAUGUCUCCACAAUCAAAUAGUCCACACUUGCAGUCAAAGCUCUCAAUGGCGAAAACCAGGAGCUGUUGAGCUGUAACUCCACCAUCAGCAAGUGCCUUGAGAGAAUAUUUUUAAUUUUAUAUUCUUGGAACCUGCCGCCCACACUGCCCCCACCCCUCUCCCUACUUCCCGGGUCAUUUGUGCUGCCAUUAAUGGGAGUCAUGAAGAUGGAGUAACAAAUUCUAUACAGAUAUUUGGUUGCAGGUUGAGAGAUUUCACAAGAGCAAACAUCUUGUUGAGAGUCUGAUCCUGAACUGAGGGGGGUAAUUUGAACAAUUUGAACAUAACUCUGCAUGGGGGAGUGUUCUGGGAUCAUGUGGAUUGCUGGUUUUACAAAACAGCCAAUAUUACUCUCCACUGAAAUCAAGGGAGAGCAUAAUUCAGGCAAAAGCAACAACUGGAAUCUAUACAGUGCCUACAACUUAGAAAAAGGUGCCUCACAGGAAACCUGGUCAAAGAGAAUUUAACGUUGCAUCCACAUGAGGCAGAAGGAUUGGUGACUGAAAGCUUGGUUCAUGAGGUAUGUCUUCAGACGAUCAAAGGACAGAGGAUCAAGGGGUUUUGAGAUUGGGUUCUGAAACCUUGGUGCCUCACCUGAGCAGCUGAAGGCACUGCUGCCAAGUACAAGUGAUAGAAAAUGGGGAACGUGGAAGAGCUAGAAUUGGAAGGCAGCAGGCAGUGUGUCAAACCAGUAUAGGUUUCCUAAUGGGCAGGUGAUCUUGAAAAUGCCCCUCUUACAUUUAUGUUGAUUCUUCAUCCACUUUCAGGUCUUUAAAAAAUUAUGAAGUGCUGGAUAUUUGUAUUCCAUGAGUGCUGCUCAGCUCUGGCUGUGCAAUACAUCAAUUUAUACGUUAUUACUGUAUAUUUUAAUGUUAGAUAAGUGCUCGAUGUAGUAUUGAGAUGAAUUCAUGUAUUGUCCUUUCUUAUCUUAAAUUGACAAUUGCUGUUAGAUAUUUUCAAUGCGAAGAAAAUAUUUUUGUACCUGUUUGUUGGUGUUGAUGUGUUACUGAAGAGAGAAUUAAGAAUUGAAAUAUGUGGCACGUGCAAUGUUCAUGUAUUAAAAAUUGAAUUAAAAUUAA